UGUCUGGGUUCAAGGGGCUCCUGGGACGUCAGUCGCCAGCCCCACGCGCGCGAUGGGCUCCGAGGCGGCGCAGCUGGUGGAGGCUGCGGACUUCGCGGCUCGCAAGCACCGACUGCAGCGGCGGAAGGACCCCGAAGGGACCCCCUACAUCAACCACCCUAUCGGUGUGGCUCGGAUCCUGACCCACGAGGCGGGAAUCACUGACAUUGCGGUGUUACAGGCAGCCCUGCUCCAUGACACAGUGGAGGACACAGACACCAGCUUGGAUGAGGUGGAGCGGCACUUUGGGGCGCAAGUGCGGCGGCUGGUGGAGGAGGUGACAGAUGACAAGACUAUGCCCAAGCUGGAGAGAAAGCGGCUGCAGGUGGAGCGCGCACCCCACAGCAGCCCUGGGGCCAAACUGGUGAAGCUGGCAGACAAGCUGUACAACCUGAGGGACCUGAAUCGCUGCACCCCAGAGGGUACGCUCCCCCACCUUCCGGGGGAAAGGGGGAGGUGUCCACCUUCUGGAGGCACAGGAUGGUCUGAACAUCGAGUCCAGGAAUACUUCGAGUGGGCAGCGCAAGUGGUGAAGGGGCUUCAGGGAACAAACCGACAGCUGGAAGAUGCUCUAAAGCAGCUGUUUAAGGAGCGGGGGCUGACGCUCUGAGCGGUCCUUGGAGCCAUCAGGGGCCCAAACUCCAGCCUUGGCCAGGCCAGAAAGAUUUCCUGUUCCCGCCUUUCGGUGCCUCUCCAUCUCCCUCCCUGAUUGGUUUAGCCCAGAUACAAGAGGCCAAGAGACACUUGCGUCUUCUCACUCUGAAUGUGUCCUGCUGACUCAGCUGAGCCCUGGAUUGUGGAAAUCAGAUGGAGCCCGUCUGAUCCUAAUGCACUGAACUGCCCUUUUCUCCAGGCUUGGGUCUGUUUGCUAUUCUGUAUGAGCGAACUCUGGCCCCUCAGGGACUUGGGCUUCCAUAAACACUAGUUCAUAAGUCAUUAUGUAAAAAUAAAGCAUUUUGGGUAAAGCUUUAA